UCCGGAAGUGCGCGUCUCCUCUGAGAGUCAGCUGACAUGCGUAGUUCCGCUUCUGACAGAUGUUUGCAGUGUCGGAUCGUGCGGUUGUGAAAUCAAAACCCCUGCGCGAUCAGAGCCGAUCAGCGCGAUGAGUGCCGGAGCCCCCCGAUCACUGGCCUCCUCCGGACAGAAGUCCAUCCAGGACAUGUGCCACCCUCUGUCCGCCGAGGAGAGCGCGCUGAGCCCCGGCCGCGCCGCGGACAAGGACCUGAUCCUGCCCAAUGGGACUCCAGUAGACACAUCAAGCCCCGCCUCCUCUUCGUCUCUGCUGAACCGACUACAGCUCGAUGACGAUCUGGACGGAGAAACACGAGAUCUGUUUGUGACCGUAGACGACCCCAAGAAACACGUGUCUACUAUGGAGACAUAUAUCACCUACAGAGUCUGCACAAAGACCUCCAGAACAGAGUUUGACCUGCCUGAGUACUUGGUAAGGCGACGCUACCAAGACUUUGACUGGCUGAGGAACAAAUUAGAGGAAAGCCAACCCACCCAUCUUAUUCCACCUUUGCCUGAGAAGUUUGUCAUGAAGGGCGUUGUGGACCGUUUCUCAGAGGAGUUUGUGGAGACCAGGAGAAAGGCACUAGACAAGUUCCUCAAACGUGUAGCAGACCAUCCUGUGCUUUCUUUUAACGAGCACUUCAAUGCAUUUCUCUCAGCAAAGGACUUGAAUAAGCGUCAAGGCCUGGCUCUUCUGACUAAAAUGGGGGAAUCUGUGAAGUUUGUGACGGGUGGUUAUAAACCGAGGGCACGGCCGGCGGAGUUUGCUGCCAUGGGCGACUAUCUGGACUUGUUCACACCGAAACUGGGCACCAUUGACAGGAUAGCACAGAGAAUCAUCAAAGAGCAGUCAGAGUUCCUGAUGGAGUUGAGAGAGUACGGGCCUGUCUACUCCUCCUGGUCGUCUUUUGAGGAGGACCUCCAUGAUCCUCUGGAGGGGGUGUCGGGGUGCGUGUCGAACUGCUCCAGUGCUCUGGAGGAGCUCACGGAGGACAUGAGCGAAGACUUUCUCCCUGUGCUCAGAGAAUACGUCCUGUACAUUGAGUCCAUGAAGAAUGUGCUGAAGAAGAGAGACCAAGUUCAGGCCGAGUAUGAAACCAAGCUGGAGGCAGUCGUGUUCAGAGAGGACAAAAAGACCCCGGUGCCCACCGACGUGGAGAAGUGCCAGGACCGUGUGGAGUGUUUCAACGCCGACCUGAAGGCCGACUGGGACCGCUGGGAGAACAACAAGAGACAGGACUUCAGACACCUGCUGACGGGCAUGGCCGACAAAAACAUCCAGUACUACGAGAAGUGCCUUGCAGCAUGGGAGUCCCUCAUUCCACUGUUACAAGACAAACAGGAAGCAGAAGGCGAAACGAGCUGAGCGUGUGUUUCAGCCGUUCUCCUGGCCACCGGCGAGGUCCAGGGCUCGGGAUCCAGGCUGAACUCGGACCAGAGCUUUCACGGGACGCUACUGGAACGAACGAGCUCCGAGAAUCCAUUUGUAAAGUGUCUUUAUUUGUUAAAGCCCAUCCAACUGCCUCUCUCUCUCUCGUUCUUUCUUUUUUUGGGGGAAGGAGAAUCUGCAGGACUGGAACUGCAGAAGAAACUGUGAACGCUCGUGAGGAAGAGAGAGGGGGAGGACGUUUUUAGUGAGAUGUUUGCCAGUUAUUCUUUUGUAAAUGCUUGUGUUUUGAUGCUGAUCCGUCCAAGGGAGCCGAGACGUCAGUGUUUUGUUCUUUGGUUCGUGUGGAGUCAUGAAGAGUCUGGUUUUUCCUCUUGCCAAAGAGUUUGAUAUCUCGAUUUGUUUUUUUUUCCCAGAAGAUUCCCUGGAGUACAAAAAGCCUUGCCUGGAUCGGCCGUUCCCUCGUUAUGUUGCGUUGAAAUGAAGGAUGUUUACCCAGCCAUACAUGACCUCAUUAAAUAUUUAUGACUAAAGAUGUGUCAUAAUGAUUUGUACUUGUGCUAAUGGGGCAGGAACUGUGGUUGGGUCAACUAGUCAAGUGAGGUGAAUGUAAUGUGAGGCGUUUCCUGUCAAACUCUGGGAUAAUAAUGGAGAGCAGCUAAUCUCCAAUAAUAUACAUCCAUUCUGAAAUGCAAAGAACAUCUAUUAAGUUGCUUAUGUUAAUAUGGUUAUGCAGUGCAGGAUAGUGAAAGUUUUUUUUAUUUUUUAAAGAAGUCUCUUUAGGCUCACCGAGGCUGCAUUUAUUCGAUCGAAAUACAGUAAAAAUAGUGACAUAUUACAAAUUAAAAUACCGGUAACAGUUUUCUGUGUGAAUACAUGUUACAAUGUAAUUUAUAAACUCUGUAUUUUCAGCAUCAUUGCUCCAGUCUUCAGAGUCACAUGAUCUUCAGAAAUCAGUCUAAGAUGAGGAUUUGCUGCUUGAGAAACACUUUCCGAUUAUUAUCAAUUUUGAAAACCGUUGCGCUGCUAUUUUCAGACCCCAAACUUUUGAACAUUAAUAAUCCGCUCAAACAUUGUAGAAUCAUAUGCCAAACCAACCCAAACCUUUCUAUUCAACACUCCUGACGCAACGCGUUUCUGAACGUGUUUUUGUGUGUUUCUCACAAAAACUGUAGAAAUGCCUGGCCUUUGUUUCAGCUCCUAAUCAAAAUGAUAUUUUUCAUUAAGAAAAUGAAGCCUAUUUCAUGUCUAUUAAAGGGAUAUUUCACCCAGCAAUGUAAAUAAACAGAACUUUUAUUUUUGGAUUAUCUUUUCUAAUCACUAUUAUUAUUUAUUAUUAUAACUUUAGUUCCAAUUAGUAUGAUAUGUAAAGCAUAUAUAUUUAUUUUUUAUGCAUGUAUAAUUUUUAUUUAAAAUUGUGUUUUGGGUUAUAAGUUGCAGGGAAAAACGUUUGCUUUAUUUUGAACAUAGGCUUCAUUUUCUGUACUUUUUUUUCCACUUUAUAUUAAAUGACCAGACAUUUUGUAAGAUUCACCAUGGAAUGAAACAUUUAAAAAAAAGAAACAUAUAUAUGAGGUAGUAUAUAAAGCAGACUUCAUGAACAGAUCAUCUCUCACAGUUCUGUCAUUUAGAGAUCCCAGUGUGCAUCAUUUUGACAUUUUAAGUGAGUUCUCCAUCAGUGUAGCAAAGACCAGUCAUACAGUAUGUUAAAUCAGAUCUGGCCCUCCAGUGUUUGAGCAAAUCUCAUUGCCUUUUCUUUAAGAAAACAGAGGCACCAGAAUACAUUUUCUGUCUGGAAGCAUAGGCUCUUUUCUGUCUAUCUUUGCCCUUUUUUAUGGGGUCUAGAGAAGAUACAUGGCCUGAAGUUUAACUCAUCAAAUCCUUAUACUUUUUUCUCUUAUUCAUUUUUAAGAUGAUUUGAUUUGAAUAUAUUUUAUUUUGUUACAAAGGCAGCUAUAUGACUUUUGUUGCUUUAAAGCAUGUUGUACAUUCUGAUAUAAAAUACACUUUUUUCUUUUUUACAACAACAGGUUAAAUGUAAAGAGAAUAUAUGACUUUCAAAUGACUGCCUGCAGAAUCUGCGGUAAUUGUGGUCCAUUAAUGUGUUAUUUUAUGUACUUAAUGGAAAAACAUUUUUUUUGGUCAAAUAUUAAACAACUGUAGCAUGAGUGUGUCAUGUUU